AUGUCGGGAACAGUGGAUACUCCCAGCUCUGACGGUGUCAUUGCCGACACCCCGGACAUUUGGUAUGACCCUGUCAGGGAAGACCCUGUGCAAAGUUUCUCUUGGGAUGCUGGUGCUGAGGCCGAAGCCCAAGCUGAUGAAUUGGCUAGUGAACCUGACGAUCAGCCUGCUCCUAAGAGGAUCUUCGAGGAUGCAAGGUGGGCCGAAAGAGCUCAUGAGGCCAAGUUUCAGAAAGUAUGCAAGGAUUUACCGCGCAUGCCUUGGGAGCAGGGUGGAUGGGAGCUCAUCUUUGAGCCUUCCAAGAAUCCUCUUGUGCAAAGCUUGGCCAGCAGACUGCAGGUCUCUUAUGGGUCAGAGGAGGCCUGCCAUCUGCCCCCUACGAACCUGCCCUUUGCUUCCGACCUGCCCCAAAUUCCUUCGGCAGGGGUGAAGGCUAGGGACCCUGAUAAAGCGAGCCGGAUCCUUGGAUCGCUAUGGCAGAUGGGUCAUCCACCACAGGACAGCAUUGCGUGGAGGCCCUUCGAUUCUUGCAUGGUGUGGCUGCGUUCCAGUGCCUUGACCUUGAGUCUGCUUGAGCAGUUUGUGACUAUGGCAAAGGACAUCAAGGUCGAAGCAGAUGCUGAGAGUGGUGUGGUGUUAGUCCUGGCUGGAGCCCUCGGCUCCAAGACAGCCACCACUGCCGAGGCUAGGACCCGCAUACUUCCAUAUGUUGCCUUGGGCAAAGGGAUUAGCAACAUCUCCUGGGCAGAGGCCUGGCUGGAGGCCACCAACUAUCUUCGAGAGGCCUUGAUCUCCAUGGGUUGCCAUCCCGAUGAGGUCAUGGGUUAUGGCAGUCAUAGCAUGAAGUCUACUGUUCUGACUUGGUGUGGACGAAGCUCCUUGAUUCAAUUCUCGGAGCCGGAGCAGCGUGCCCUGGGUCAUCAUCUUGACCCAAGCAGCAAAUCCCCUCUCACCUACAGCCGUGAAUAUUACCUAAAGCUGUACGCCAAAGUUCUUGCAGUCUUCGACAGCAUAAGGCAAGGGCACUUUUGCCCGGACUUGCCAGGGGCAGCAAGUGUAGCAGCAAUGGCUCAGGCUCUAGGUGAAGGUCGUGCUGUCCCUCAGGUCAAUGAAGGGCCACUUGCAAAAGAGGGGCCGAGCAGGGCUGAGGACGAACUGGAGUCGGAUGACUCCGACCGUGCAUCGGUGGAACUUGAGGCUGAGCUAGAGCCGUCGGCU